AUGAAUUCCACACAAUUAGAUUACUUUUUUAAUAAAACCCAAACAGAAACAAUUAAUUUAAAAUAUCUAAACUUCAACCAACCUAGUGAACUAGUUAUUGCUGAUUAUCCUAAUUUAAAGGGAAUUGAUGGACGAAGCAUUCCCCACCUCACUCAACUAACCAUCACUAAUUGUCCUCAGUUAGAGAAAAUAAAUAUUGAAGGAUCUAAAAACAAUCAACAAUUAAUCCUCAAUAAUUUACCUAAUUUAAAGAGACUUUUUUGCUCUAGUAAUAACCUAACCACCUUAGAUUUAAAUAAUGGUUUAGAAUAUUUACCGGAGAGUGUUAAAUAUUUUAAAUGUUCAGUAGAUAAAAGAAAAGAGGCUAAAGUAAAAGCUAUUUAUAACUUAUUUGCUGAUGAAAAAGGAGAACAAGAAAAACUAGAAGAGCAACUCAAACUUCUCCAAGAACAAAAAGCCAAAUUAGAAGAAUUAAACCAAAAACUCCUAGAAAGAAUUCCUUUCUUAGAAAAACAAAUCGAAGAAUACGAGUUUUUAAUCAAGGAGCAAAAAACCAAAAUAGUCAAUAAUUAUCUCUUAUCUUUCACCGAAGAAGAAAAAGAUGCUUUGGAAGAAUUAAUUAAAGUUCACAAGAAUUAUUUAGAGGCAAAGAAACAAAAAUCUCCUUCUUUUGGAUUUAAGCAGAAGUAUGACGAGCUUUAUUACCGAUUAGAAAAUAAACUUGAACAAGUCAAAGAAAAAGAACAAGCCUUAGCCAAUGUUUUAUUAAUUAAACAAAACAUAGCUGGAAUUGAAGAGAACAUUAAGUCUGUUCAUCUUACUAUCAGUUCUCCAAAUUAUUAUAAUUAUAUUACCAUGGGCGAUAUCGAAGUAAUGGGAGGUCAUGCUAUGAUUGGCAACACUAUUGGUGAUAAUACUAAUUUAAGCCACAACCAAUAUGCCACUAGAAUUGAAGAAGUAGAAUUGGAAGCCAAAAUCCUCCAACCUACUUACGGCAUUCCUAGUUCGAGUAAACCUUAA